GAGGUAGUUGCCCGGCAACGCCCGGCGCAGAGUCCCCCACAGCCGGGCCCCUCCCCGCGAGGAGGUGGGCGAGGAGUCACGUGGCUCAGGUCCUACGGGAGGGGGCGUGGUCGGGGGCUGGGUGGACACGACCGCGAAGGGAGGGCAGAGGGGCGUAUGCGCGGCUCCCAGGCCCGGACCCCAGGCCCGCUGGACCGAGGGAGAAAUUUAGGCCUGAUUGGGUGAGUGCGCGGAUGGGAGCGUGCAGUGGGUCUCACGCCCCCUUUGUCCAGAGGGGAAACUGAGGCCCAGCAAGGUCAGGGGGCCUGUGGGUUCUGCGGGCAUCGAGUUUUCCCCUUUCAACCCUCAUCACGGCCUGGCUGCUUCCUCCAUCCCAUUCAUCCAUCCAUCCACCCACCCUGCCUACCAGCCAACCCCUGCAGGGCCGCUGUGGUCCGGGCCGGGUUGUGGAGAGAGUUGAGCUGAGGGGCUUCACAGCUUUUCCCUGGAAGUGGGAAGAAGUGAGAGAGCAUUCCCUGAUGAGGGCGAGGAGUUCACUUUUCUGAGAACUGGAAGAUUCAUAGACAGGAGCGGAGCUGGAUGAGGUUGGACAGGAGGGCAGGGGUCAGACCUACUGGGUCUUGUGGGCUGAGGUGAGGAGUUUGCCUCCAUCUGGGGCAGUGGCAAAUCCUGGGAGGAUUUGGAGCAGGAAGAGACAUGCCAGAUUUUUUUUUUUUUUUUUUGAAGACUCCCUAUGGCUGUUUGGAAAGGAUAGAGUGGGAGGGAGGGAGUGUGAAGAUGGGAGAGCCAGGGAGGAGGCAGCUGGAACUUCGCAGUGGGGGCAAAGGAGGUCGGACUGGAUUUAGAGCUUGGAGAUUUGAGGACUUACCAACCCCAACACCUCUCAGCUUCCUGUGUUCUGGAAGUCAACCUUUCUUCUUUGCCCCAUGAAGUUCAGAGGAUUAAAAACCCCAAGAUGUGAUGGGCCUAUGCCCUUUUCAUGGGAGACCCACGACUCCUAGAACGUUAAGCACUUUGCCUAUUUCUCUCUCACCUUCUGCCUAGAACAGGUACCUUGAUUCCCGCAGCUGAAGUCACAUCUUAACCUGAUGACACAGACACCUCUAUCUCCAAACCAGUCCUGAAUGUCCAGUUCCAUGGGGUGUCCCCAGACAGUUGUCUUUCUGGGCUCUCCCACUUCUCACUUCCCACGUCCCUCAUAUCACUGUGGGUUAGUCUAAUAUCUAUUGAGGAUGUACUGCAUGUCUGGCAGUUUGGGGCAUUGAAGAUCCAAAAGUGAGCAAAAUAGAAGCAGGUUUCCAUUUCUUUCCUGGACCCAUGGAACUGAGUCUAAGGGCAAAGAGGGAUCCUGAACAUGUAACAAAUCAUCGAGAUGAUUUAAGGGGAUGACCAAGUGCUGAGAAGGAAAAGAAAGUUCUACAGAUAAGGGAGAGAGAGGGACCAGGAAUAGAGGUGCUUUAGAGAAGGAAGCCAGGGAAGCACUCUCCGACGAGGUGAUUUUGGAGGUGAGACUUGAAAGAGCAAGCCAUUGGUUGCAUUCCAGAAAAGUAUUCCCAGCAGAGGGAACAGCCAGUGCAAAAGUUCUGAGCCAGGAUGAUGACUAGCUCGUUCUGAUGAACAGUGAAGAAGAUGGAGUGGCAAAGCAGAGUGAACAAGAGGGGCUGGUCCAGGCAAGGCCUUUUUGGUCACCGAGGCUUUGAUUCUAAGUGAUACAGGCAGGGGUUUCAGCAGGGGGAGGAGACCGGUGCAGUGGUUCCAGUGAUCUGUAUGAUAACCUGGAGCCAGUGGUGGCCAUGGAGAUGGGCAAGAGGGGGCAGGGCCAAGGCUGGGGGCAUCACUGCGUGCUCUUCUAACAAAGACACAGUUGGGGAAAUGGGUAUGACUGUGGGCCAGGCCUGUGCCGGCCACCUCUCUCCUGCUGCAGACCCAGGGAGGGCCAUGAAGAUGCUACUCCUCACUGGGCUGGGAGCCCUGUUCUUUGCCUAUUAUUGGGAUGACAACUUUAACCCAGCCAGCCUCCAGGGAGCCCGAGUGCUGCUGACCGGAGCCAGUGCAGGUGUGGGGGAGGAGCUGGCCUAUCACUACGCACGCCUGGGCUCCCACCUGGUGCUCACUGCCCCCACCGAGGCUCUCCUGCAGAAGGUGGUAGGGAACUGCCGGAAGCUGGGCGCUCCCAAGGUCUUCUACAUCGCUGCGGACAUGGCCUUCCCUGAGGUGCCCGAGCGCGUGGUGCGGUUUGCGCUGGACAAGCUGGGAGGGCUGGACUACCUGGUGCUGAACCACCUCGGCGCCGCCCCGGCAGGCACGCGGGCCCGCAGCGCCCAGGCGACACGCUGGCUUAUGCAGGUGAACUUCCUGAGUUACGUGCAACUAACUUCGUUGGCGCUGCCCAGUCUGACCGACAGCAAGGGCUCCCUGGUGGUGGUGUCCUCGUUGCUAGGUGCGUGCACGCGGGGCGGAGAGCGGGGAAGCCACAGGGCUCCAUGUGGCUUAGCCUGGAGGUGCCAGGAAGAUUUCCUGGAGGAGGGGGAGCAGUGUGUGACUGCCCAGCCUCUGCCCUCCGGCGCCCCCAGGCCGCGUGCCCACCUCCUUCUCCAGCCCCUACUCGGCGGCCAAGUUCGCUCUGGACAGCUUCUUUGGCUCUCUCCGGCGGGAGCUGGACGUGCAGGACGUGAAUGUGGCUAUCACCAUGUGCGUCCUGGGCCUCCGGGAUCGCGCCUCAGCCGCGGAGGGUGUCAGGGGCGUCACGAAGGCCAAGGCGGCUCCAGGGCCCAAGGCAGCUCUGGCUGUGAUCCGAGGCGGCGCCACACGUGCCUCUGGCGUCUUCUACCCAUGGCGCUUCCACCUGCUCUGCCUGCUUCGCGGCUGGCUGCCCUACCCGAGGGCCUGGUUCAUCCGCCAGGAUCUCAACAUCACGGUCCCCGCUGCUGCCUGAGCUCCGAAGACUUUCCAGCUAACUAUCCUGGAGCUAGGACUCACACCAAGACACCUCUGAGAGAGUGGCGGAGGUCCAGGAGAAAGUCAUCAAGACAGAAAAGUAAAACCGAGACAAACUACCAGCACCUGAAAACAAUCAGAACUCCGUGUGCAACUGUCGACAGCUUGCCAGGCAUCUUACCAGGAACUUGGAAGACAACACCCCAGCCUUCUCAACUGUCACUAAAGAUAUGAUUGCUGCUUCCAUUUUGCAGAUGAAAAAACUGAAACUCAGAGAGGCAGUGUCCCAGGUUCCUGGCCACAUCAAACAGGUCACAACACCACUGAGCCACCCUGGGAACCCUCUUUGUCUCCAACCUGAAACCACCACAUCCCUGAUUUGUUUGUUUUGCUCAGCCUCGGAGCAUCCUCCAACCCUUGCCGGAGCGAGGGAGCCCUUCAAGCUGUCGAUUUGACGGUGGGGUCUGAGAAUGAGGAGGAAAAGAACGUGUUCUGGGCUAGAUCCAGCCUCUGUUUGAUAAUAAAAAUCUUUCUUCCUUUGCA